AUGGAGGUUUUGGGACUCCGAGUUCGAGCUUGGGCCCCCAGUUCAAGUUCAGAGUUCGAAAUCAGCCCCGAGUUUGAGUUUGGCCACAAUUUCAGCCCUGAGUUCAAGUUUGGCUCCGAGUUCGAGCUUGGGCCCCGAGUUUAACUUCAGAGUUCGAAAUCAGCCCCGAGUUCAACCGCAAUUUCAGCCCCGAGUUCAAGUUCGGCCCCGAGUUCGAACUUGAGCCCUGAGUUCAAGUUUGGAGUUUGAGAUCAGCCCCAAGUUCAGGUUCGGCCCCAAAUUCAACCCUAAGUUAGGGUUUGGCUCAGAGUUCGAGCUUGGGCCCCAAGUUCAAGAUCAGAGUUCGAAAUCAGCCCCGAGUUCGGCCCCAAUUUCAGCCCCGAGUUCAAGUUCGGCUCCGAGUUCAAGUUCGGAGUUCGAGAUCAGCCCCAAGUUCGAGUUUGGCCCCAAUUUCAGCCCCGAGUUAAAGUUUUAAAGUUUGGCUCCGAGUUCGAACUUGGGACCUGAGUUCAAGUUCAGAGUUCAGUUCCAGCCCUGAGUUCGAGUUCGGCCCCAAAUUUGGCCCCGAUUUCAAGUUGGGAGUUCGAGUUCAACCCCGACUUUGAUCGCAAGUUCACCCCCGAGUUCGAGUUCGGCCCUAAGUUCAAUCUCAAGCUCAUUUAGGCCCCGAGUUCUGAGUUUGAAUUCCACCCCCAGCUUGGAGUUUGAGUUGGAGUUCAGCCCCGACUUCGAGUUUGGAAUUUGAGUUCAGGUUCAAGCCUGAACUUCGAUCCCAAGUUCGGGCCCCGAGUUCAAGAUCAGAGCUUGAGUUGGAUUUCAGCCCCAAGUCAAGAGUUUGGGUCCGAAUUCAAGUUGGAGUUCAGGUCUGAAUUUGAGUUCGGUCCCCACCCGGGUUCAACCCUGAAUUCAGCUCCGAGCCUCGAGAUCCGCCCCGACUUUAGGUUCGAGUUCCGUUUCAGUUCAGUUUGAGCUCAGAGCCGAGUUUGAGUUCAGCCCCAAGUUUGGGUUUGAGUUCUGGUUUGAGUUCAGGUCCGAGUUUGGUCUGAGUUCCGGUUCAGCCCAGAGUUCAGGUCUGAGUUCAGUCCUGAAUUUCAGUUCGACCCCAAGUUCAUUCCCAAAUUCCAUUUCGAGUUCUGGUUCGGCCUCAAGUUCGAGUUCAGGUCUGAGUUCGGCCCCGAGUUCAAGUCUGUCCCACGAAAGAAGGGAAUUCUUGGCCCCGCCCCCUCCCCGAAUUUGAGUUCAGAUCUGAGUUCGGGUUCAAUCCCGAGUUUGGGUUCAGCCCCAAGUUUGGGUUUGAGUUCGGUUUCGGCCCCGAAUUCGAGUUCAGGUCUGAGUUCAAAUUCAGCCCCGAGUUCAAGUUUGGAGUUUGAAUUCAACCCCAACUUCCACCCCCAGUUCAGGUCCCGAGUUCAAGAUCAGAACUUGAAUUUGAAUUCAGCUUUGAGUUAAGAGUUUGGCUGCGAGUUUGGGUCCGAAUUCGAGUUUGAGUUCAGCCCCAAGUUAGGGUUCAAGUUCCUGUUUGAGUUCAGGUUCGAGUUUGGUCCCGAAUUUGAGUUCAACCCCGAGUUUGAGUUCAGCCCAAGUCCGCCAUCUGCCCCGAGUUCAGUUUUGAGCUGAAGUUCGGCCCACAGUUCAGGUCCCAAGUUGAGUUCAGCUCCCAGUUCCAUUUCGGCCCCGAGUUUGAGUUCAGCCCUGAGUUCGGCCCCGAAUUCAGGUCUGAGUUCAAGUUCGGUCCCAAAUUUGAGUUGAGCCCCAAGCUUGGUUCUGAGUUCUGGUUCGGCCCCGAGUUCGGGUUCAAAGUUUGGGUUCGAGUUCAGGUCUGAGUUAGAGUUCGGUCCCGAAUUCGGGUUCAACCCAGAGUUUGAGUUCAGAUCCAAGUUCAGGUCUGAGUUCAAGUUCGGUCCCGAAUUCGGGUUCAACCCCGAGUUCAACCCCAAGCUUGGGUUCGAGUUCCUGUUUGAGUUACGGGUUCGAGUUUCUGUUCGCAGCUCAACCCCGAGUUCGGGUUCGAAUUCAGAUCUGCGUUCCAUUUCGCCCCCCUCCCUCAGCCCCCGAAUUUGGAGUUCAUAUCCCAGUUCAGCUCUGGGUUCUGUUUUGGCUGCGAGUUUGAGUUCAGAUGUGAGUUCGAGUUCGCUACCAAAUUUGGGUUCAACCCUGAGCUCAGGUCUGAACUGGAGUUCAACCCCGAGUUUGAGUUCAGCCCCAAGUUUGGGUUUGAGUUCCCAUUUGAGUUCUGGUUCGGCCCAGAGGUUGAGUUCAGAUUUGAGUUCGGCCCCGAAUUCAGGUCCGAGUUCGGGACUGAGCUCAAGUUCGGCCCCAAGUUCGGUCUGAGUUUGAGUUCAGCCCUGAGUUCAGCCCUCAGUUUGGGUCUGAAUUCUAGUUCAGGUCUGAGUUCGGUCCCAAAUUCAGGUCUGAGUUCGGGACUGAGCUCAAGUUCGGCCCCAAGUUCGGUCCGAGUUUUGAGUUCAGCCCUCAGUUUGGGUCUGAAUUCUAGUUCAGGUCUCAGUUCGGUCCCAAAUUCAGGUCUGAGUUCGGGACUGAGCUCACGUUCGGCCCCAUGUUCGGUCUGAGUUCGAGUUCAGCCCUGAGUUUGGGUCUGAAUUCUAGUUCAGGUCUCAGUUCGGUCCCGAAUUUGGGUUCAACCCCAAGUUUGAGUUCGAGUUCCGCUCCAAGUUCGAGUUCAGUCCUGAAUUCCACCCCGAGUUGGAGUUCCGCUUCAAGUUCAGGUCUGAGCCCGAGUUCCAAGUUCAGCCCCAAGUUUGGCUUCGAGUUCCCAUUCGAGUUCUGCUUUGGCUCAGAGUUUGAGUUCAGUUCUGAGUUCAGGUUCAACCCUGAGUUUGAGUUCAGAUCCGAGGUUGGGUUCGAGUUCCGCGUCAAUUAGGGCCCCACGUUCGAGUUCAACCCCAAUUCAGCCCCAUACAACCCAUAGAACUAUAUACACCCCAAACCCAGCGCCGCGCUACGUUUCCCACCCCAUUCGAGCCCGAGUUCGAAUUGCAGUCUGAGUUCGAAUUGUAGUUCGGGUUCGAUUGUAGUUCGGCUCGUCCCCGAACCCCAUCAGUGCUGGUAGUUGGCGCCCGGGCGCAGGUCCAACAACAUGGCCGCCUUGUGUGCGGGCGCAACUUGAACUUGAACUCGGGGCUGAACUUGAACUCAUCUGAAUUCGGACCUGAACUCGAACCCGGGGCCGAAAUGGAACUCGAACCGGAACUCGCGGCUGAAGUUGUGGCCAGACCUGAACUCAGGGCUGAACUACAAUUCAGACCCAAACUCAGACCUGAACUCGGUGCUGAACUUGGGGCCGAACUACAAUUCAGACCCAAACUCAGAGCUGAACUCGGGGCUGAAUUUGUGCCCGGACCUGAACUCAGGGCUGAACUACAAUUCGGACCUGAACUCAGGGCCGAACUACAAUUCAGAUCCAAACUCACACCUGAACUCGGAGCUGAAUUUGUGCUCACACCUGAACUCAGGGCUGAACUACAAUUCAGAUCCGAACUCGGACCUGAACUCAGGGACGAACUACAAUUCAGACCCAAACUCAGAGCUGAACUUGGGGCUGAAUUUGUGGCUGGACCUGAACUCAGGGCCGAACUACAAUUCAGACCCGAACUCGGACCUGAACUCAGGGCCGAACUACAAUUCAGAUCCAAACUCACACCUGAACUCGGAGCUGAAUUUGUGCCCAGACCUGAACUCAGGGCUGAACUACAAUUCAGAUCCGAACUCGGACCUGAACUCAGGGCCGAACUACAAUUCAGACCCAAACUCAGAGCUGAACUUGGGGCUGAAUUUGUGGCUGGACCUGAACUCAGGGCCGAACUACAAUUCAGACCCGAACUCGGACCUGAACUCAGGGCCGAACUACAAUUCAGAUCCAAACUCACACCUGAACUCGGAGCUGAAUUUGUGCCCAGACCUGAACUCAGGGCUGAACUACAAUUCAGACCUGAACUCAGGUCCGAACUACAAUUCAGACCCAAACUCACACCUGAACUCGGAGCUGAAUUUGUGCCCAGACCUGAACUCAGGGCCGAACUACAAUUCAGACCGAAACUGGGAGCUGAAGUUCGAGUUCAACCCCAAGUUUGAGUUUGAGUUCAGGUCUGAAUUCUGCUCUGAGUUUGACCUCAAGUUCAGGUUCAACCCCGAAUUACAGCUCAACCCCAAUUCAGUUCCGAGUUCCGCUCUGGCCCCGAGUUCGAGUUCAGCCCUAAGUUUGAGUUCUGGUCCCACAUCGGAUCCGGGUUCAAGUUCCGUUUCAACCCCUAAUUCAAGUUCAACCCCAAUUCAGCUCCGGUCCCGGGUUCAAAUCCUUCCCCUUCCCUCCCUCACCCCAUAUCCCCCCAUUCCCCCUAUACAACUAUAUACACCCCGAACCCGGCGCCGCGCUACGUUUCCCGCCCCCAUUCAAACCCAAGUUCAAAUUGUAGUUUGAGUUCGAAUUGUAGUUCGGGUUCGAGUUGCAGUUUGAGUUCAUCCGCCAACCCCAUCAGUGCGCUACAAUUCCCAACCUUUUCAGCCUCAUUGGAACCCGCAACCCGGCGCCGCGCUACGUUUCCCACCCCCAUUCGAACCCGAGUUCGAAUUGUGGCUUGAGUUCGAAUUGUAGUUCGGGUUCGAGUUGCAGUUUGAGCUCGUCCGCCAACCCCAUCAGUGCGCUACAAUUCCCAACCUUUUCAACCUUUCCCAGAACCCGCAACCCGGCGCCGCGCUACGUUUCCCACCCCAUUCAAACCCGAGUUCGAAUUGUAGUUUGAGUUUGAAUUGUAGUUUGAGCUCGUCCGCCAACCCCAUCAGUGCGCUACACUUCCCACCCUCCACAGCCACAUUCAAACCUGCAACCCGGCGCCGCGCUAUGUUUCCCAAUCUUUCCAGAAUCUUUCCCACCCCAUUCGAACUCGGUGCUGCGCUACAGUUCCCAUCCUUUUCACCCUUUCCUAGAACUCGCAACCCGGCGCCGCGCUACGUUUCCCACCCCAUUCAAACCUGGUGCUGCGCUACAAUUCCCACCCUCUCCAGCCACAUUGAACCCUCAACGCAGCGCCGCGCUACAAUUCCCACCCUCUCCAUCCCCAUCCGAACCUGCAACCCGGCGCCGAGCUACGUUUCCCAAUCUUUCCAGAACUUGCAACCCAGCGCCGUGCCACAAUUCCCACCCUCUCCAGCCACAUUCGAACCUGCAACCCGACGCUGCGCUAUGCUUCCCACCCUUCCCGGAACCCGCAACCCGGCGCCAUGCUACGUUUCCGACCCCAUUCGAACCUGGUUGUGCGCUACAAUUCCCAACCUCUCCAGCCUUUCCCAGAACUCGCAACCUGGCGCCGCGCUACGUUUCCCACCCUCUCCUGCCACAUUGAACCCUCAACGCAGCGCCGCGCUACGUUUCCCACCCCCAUUCAAACCCGAGUUCGAAUUGUAG